GGGAAAUAUAGACACACCCAUAUAUUUAGUGCACAGGGGAAAGUCCAGUUCACUGGCGCAUCCUCUCUCUGCAGCCAUGGACCUCAGCGGGGCUCUCACCCCAGCUUUCCUGAUGCUCUGCAUUUCCUGCUUGGUUUUGUACCUGAAUGGGAAAAGGGGGGGCAAGAAAAGUGGGAAGAUGCCCCCCGGCCCAGCCCCGCUGCCUUUCGUAGGCAACCUCUUCCAGUUAGACCCCAAAGAAAUGCACCGAUCUCUGGAAAAGCUCAGCGAGAGCUAUGGCCCCAUCUACACCGUCCACUUGGGGUCACUGCCUUGCGUGGUCCUCUGCGGAUACCAGGCGGUCAAGGAGGCCUUGGUGGACCAGGCGGAUGACUUCAGCGGCCGUGGCGACUUCCCCGUCUUCUAUCGCUUCACCAGGGGCAAUGGUAUCGCCUUCUCCAACGGGGAGAAGUGGAAGGUCCUUCGCCGCUUUGCUCUGCACACCCUGAAGAACUUUGGAAUGGGAACGAGCAGCAUUGAAGGCCGGAUCCAGGAGGAGGCUCGGUUCCUGCUCCAGGAGUUCCAGAAAACUGGUGGGGCUCCCUUCAACCCCAUCAACCCCGUUUGCUGGGCCGUCUCCAACGUCAUCUGCGCCGUGGUGUUUGGCCAGCGCUACGAAUACCAAGACGCCGACUUCCUCACCCUCCUGGACCACUUCAACGAGAACUUCAAGAUCAUGAGCUCCAUCUGGGGGGAGCUCUACAACAUCUUCCCCAGCCUCAUGGACGUCCUGCCGGGACCCCAUCACCAAAUCUUCCGCAACUAUGAGAAGCUGCGUCAGUUUAUCGCAGAGCGCAUUCGAGGCCACCAGAAGGAUCUGGACCCCAACGCCCCACGGGACUUCAUCGACUGCUUCCUCAUCCGCAUGGAGCAGGAGAAGCAAGACCCUCUGAGCUACUUCCACACAGAGACAUUGGUGAUGACCACCCACAACCUGUUUUUCGGGGGCACCGAAACCACCAGCACCACCUUGCGCUACAGCUUCCUCAUCCUCAUGAAGUACCGCGAAGUGGCAGCCCGAGUCCACCAGGAGAUUGACCACGUGAUCGGGCCGGACCGUCCCCCCCGCCUGGCUGACCGCAAGCACAUGCCCUACACGGAGGCCGUCCUCUAUGAGAUCCAGCGAUACAUCACCAUCCUGCCCAUGGGGCUGCCUCGCGCCGUCACCCGCGACACCCCCUUGAGGGGCUUCCUGCUGCCCAAGGGCACCAACGUGAUUCCUCUCCUGAGCUCGGUCCACUAUGACCCAACCCAGUUCAAGGACCCCACAGCCUUCAACCCAGCCAACUUCCUGGAUGAAAACGGCGCCUUCAAAGGCAGCGACGCCUUCAUGCCUUUCGCCCCAGGGAAGCGCAUCUGCCUGGGGGCCGGCCUGGCCCGGAUGGAGAUCUUCCUCUUCCUCGCCACUAUCCUCCAGCACUUCAGCCUCCACCCCACGGUCCCCCCUGCGGAGAUCGACCUGACGCCCCAAUGCACAGGCUUCGGCAACGUGCCCCGCCCCUUUGAGUUCAGGCUCCUCCCUCGCUAACUGGAGGG